CCCUUUGCUUCUUCCUCUCUCCCAGGACCCUGCAGCUUGUUUUGGCUCCUUGACUCCUCAGGAAGGACAAAAGAGACGGAUCCUGCAAACCUGGCGAGGAUGGAAGGGGGAAGGUGGACGGUUGACCUGGUGAGGUUGUCUCCUGCUUCCCUCCCCACAACCUCUGAGCGUUCCCUCCCAGGGACCUCCGAGAGAUCGGAUGGUGAUGAAUUGGAAGGGAAGAACAAGGGGGACCACAACAGAAUCCACAUAGAGGAGAAGCCAAAUAAAUAUUCAGAGUGUGGAGAGAACAUCCGUCAGAACUCCCAGUCCUCUUCUCAUCAGAGAAAGAGGUUCUUUCAGAGGAAUAGUCUCACUUCACACGAAAGAACACAGAGGAGGGAGAAAUCGUAUCAGUGCAGAGAAUGUGGAAAGAGCUUCAGUUUCAAGAAGAAUCUCACUUCCCAUCAAAGAAUUCAUACAGGGGAGAAACCCUAUCAGUGCUUGGAAUGUGGAAAGAGCUUCAGUCACUCUAGCCAUCUCACUUCCCAUCACAGAAUUCAUACAGGGGAGAAACCCUAUCAGUGCUUUGAAUGUGGAAAAAGCUUCAGCCACAGCCACCAUCUCACUUCCCAUCACAUAAUUCAUACAGGGGAGAAACCCUAUCAGUGCUUGGAAUGUGGAAAGAGCUUCAGUUACAAUGGUGAUCUCACUUCCCAUCACAGAAUUCAUACAGGGGAGAAACCCUAUCAGUGCUUGGAGUGUGGAAAGAGCUUUCGUCUGAGCGCCUGUCUCACUUCCCAUCACAGAAUUCAUACAGGGGAGAAACCCUAUCAGUGCUUGGAAUGUGGAAAGAGCUUCACUCAUAGCUCCAAUCUCACUUCCCAUCACAGAAUUCAUACAGGGGAGAAACCCUAUCAGUGCUUGGAGUGUGGAAAGAGCUUUCGUCUGAGCGCCUAUCUCACUUCCCAUCACAGAAUUCAUACAGGGGAGAAACUCUAUCAGUGCUUGGAAUGUGGAAAGAGCUUUCGUCUGAGCGCCAAUCUCACUUCCCAUCACAGAAUUCAUACAGGGGAGAAACCCUAUCAGUGCUUGGAAUGUGGAAAGAGCUUCAGUCACUCUAGCCAUCUCACUUCCCAUCACAGAAUUCAUACAGGGGAGAAACCCUAUCAGUGCUUGGAAUGUGGAAAGAGCUUCACUCAUAGCUCCAAUCUCACUUCCCAUCACAGAAUUCAUACAGGGGAGAAACCCUAUCAGUGCUUGGAAUUUGGAAAGAGCUUCAUUCAUAGCUCCGAUCUCACUUCCCAUCACAGAAUUCAUACAGGGGAGAAACCCUAUCAGUGCUUCGAAUGUGGAAAGAGCUUCAUUCAUAGCUCCGAUCUCACUUCCCAUCACAGAAUUCAUACAGGGGAGAAACCCUAUCAGUGCUUGGAAUGUGGAAAGAGCUUCACUCAUAGCUCCAAUCUCACUUCCCAUCACAGAAUUCAUACAGGGGAGAAACCCCAUCAGUGCUUGGAAUGUGGAAAGAGCUUUCGUCUGAGCGCCGAUCUCACUUCCCAUCACAGAAUUCAUACAGGGGAGAAACCCUAUCAGUGCUUGGAAUGUGGAAAGAGCUUCACUCAUAGCUCCAAUCUCACUUCCCAUCACAGAAUUCAUACAGGGGAGAAACCCUAUCAGUGCUUGGAAUGUGGAAAGAGCUUUAGUCGCAGCAACCAUCUGACUUCCCAUCAAAGCAUUCAUCACAAAACCCAAUGAGCGUCUCCACCCCCAUCGUUCUGCCCGGACACUGAGGUCCAGUACUGAGGGCCUUCUGGCGGUUCCCUCGUUGCGAGAAGCCAGGUUGCAGGGAACCAGGCAGAGGGCCUUCUCGGUGGUGGCACCUGUUGUCUCUGUUACUAUAUAAGUCCCAGUUUUCCCCAUUCCCUGUGUUCUGGCUCUUACCUGUUCUUUGAAGUAAAGAGAUGUUGUACCAGAUCCUCGCCUCCUGCUUCUUAUUUGCACUGAGCUGAAAUCACUGAAGACCCACUAC